CAAAGUUGGUUACGGGUACUCGAUUCCAUAAUCUGGAACCGGUUCCUGAAAUUAACAGUUUGGUACUUGGGUACCCAGUUCCGAUGCACAGCUGUAUGGGGCAAUCACCUGUUUGUUAUAAUUUUGAACUUUUUCAGAUACAGAGGUUUGUUAUGUUUUGAUUAGGUCACACUUGAAAUAUGGCGGAAGCUGCAGCCAAAACUGUGUGGAAGAUCAGCCAGGGGCAUCUGGAAUGUCCCCUCUGUUGCUGUCUUUUCAAGGAUCCCAAGAUGCUGGACUGUCUGCACAGCUUCUGCCUGAAGUGCCUGGAAGAGAUGACGAGCAAACGGUGGCCAGAGGCAGAGAAGCUUACAUGUCCAGUCUUCAGGAGAGAGAUGCAAUUUCCUGAUGGAGGAUUGCAAAGUCUAGCUUCGUCGUUCUUUCUUAGUUCUCUUGUCGAUGAGGUCAAACAACAGCAGGAGGUAUUAGGAGAAGCAUCGGCACCUACCGCCACAUGUGACUGCGGAGAGGGCAAGGAGGCCACUUGGAGGUGUCUUGACUGUAGUGAUAACCUCUGCCAGGAAUGCCGGAAAGCCCAUGGGAGGUUCAAGUCCACCAAAGACCAUCAAAUCAUUUCACUGGGAGAUUGGCAGGAAUCAAAGAUCUCUCCAGCAGAACAUAGCAAACCCAUCACCCGAAUGUGUACGAUCCACACUGACCAUCCUCUGUGUUUCUACUGUGACACCUGCAACACCUUAAUCUGCUCAAUGUGUGCCACAUUAGAUCAUCGGUCGGCAGAGCACAAUUUACAAAAGAUUGAUGACACUAUCAGGUCCUUCCGCAGUGAGGUUGAUAACAUACUGCUGAAGUUUGAGAAGUGCAGGCAGCAUUUCAAAUCUACUGAUAAGUCAAUCGAACUUGCACGAAAAAGAUUGCAAAAGAAACUGGCUCAGGCUCGUAGUGAUAUUGAUGCAAAAGCGGAGGCAGAGAUCACUAAAAUCAGAAACAAAGCAAAACUUCUCACCGACAAGGUCGAUGAAAUCGGUCAGCAGAGAGACAGUGAGUACGAAAAGGCGCUCAUGCACAACCGUGACCAGAUGGAACAUGCAGAUCAGACCAUCGCGGCAGUAAAUGACCUGAUGAGUCAAGCUGAUGAUUUCGAGCUGGUGGAGCUCAAGCCGAAGGUAAUGCAUAACUUGGAAUUCCAGAAAGAGCUCAAGUGUGAGCCGGUGAAUCAUGGUCCAGCAUUCAUCGGUGUCAGAUGUCAAGAUGUUGUUAGUGAUGCAGAUCUUGGGGAGGUCUGUGUCACCGAGAAAUGGCAGUUAAAGGAAGAGUUCGGCAAAGAAGGUACUGGUGACGGGGAAUUUCAAGGAGUCAGGGAUGUUGCAUGUUUCACAAACGGGGACAUUGUAGUAACUGACGUAAAUUUGAAACGACUAUCGUUGUUUAGCUCCACUGGUCGAUAUAAAACAUCAGUUGACAAAGGAGAUCUUAAGCAUCAGUUGGAAGCUCCUUUUGGUGUUGCCAUGACCCUUGAUGAUCUGCUUUUUGUCACGGACAAAAAGAAAGUGAAGGUUUUUGACACCGAGCUCCACUUUGUUCGCGAGUUUACACCUUUGGCUGACGAUGUCGAUGGGCUAUCAGAGAGUAACCUCACUGCUAUUGCUGUUGACAGUCAGCGAGUAGCAGUCGCUGACAGGGGGAGAAAGGUCAUCAGUGUCCACAACCUGGACGGAUCGUUGAUUGCAAGCAUCUCAAAUAACAUGGUUAGCAAUUACUUGGCAAUAAGCAAUUUUGGCUGUGGUUUAGUCUUCACAAACUUCGAGGGCCAAAGUUUGUUGUGCGUUAACUUUAAAGGUAAAGAGAUGUUCAGUGUGAAGACAUUAAUGAAUGGCGAAGCUGCUAAGGCAACUGGUGUCCUGUGUGAUGAUGAUGAGACCAUAUAUGUCGCUGUUCAUUCUGGCAAAAGGGGAGACUCUGAAGUGCAGCGUUACGACUCAAAUGGUACAUUUGUAGCAACAGUAGCCAAAGGGCUGUACAAUCCAUUAGAAAUAACAUUCACCCCCGCUGGCGACGUAGUUGUCGCGGUCCGACACUCCGUUAAGAUCUUUGAGCGGAUGUGAUUUGCCUGAUAAUGGCCCCUCCACACUAACUGCUGUAGGCCCCCCUACUUGAUCCUGCUGAGUACUUGAACCGGCGCUAACCUUUAUCCAAUGCUUUGCCAUACAAGGUCCAGCAGAACAUUACUAACACUAAUUGAACCGGGUGAUUUACAUCUGCUACAUUCCUGAAAUUAGAAUAUUUACCAAGAUUGUAAAACCAUUUGAAAUUGAAUUAACUGGUAAAGUUGGUGUGU